UAGAACGAUCUUCAGCGCGUUUAGACGUAGGUGCUUAUUCUUGAGUGACAAAUGAUUGAUUUUACGAUAUUAUAGUCUUUAAAUCGAUGGUAUAAGAGCCAUGGGUGUGCCGAUGGUGAAAAAUUGCUGUUGCUGCGCCAGUUUGCACACGGGAACUUUGAUCAUAGGCUAUUUAUACACGGUGUGGUCACUGCUGGAGCUGACGGGGUACAGUCUGCUGGUGACCCUCGCACCCAUUGGUCGCAAUGGCACCGUCUCCCAACAUAGGCUUGCGCUGUACAUUGCAGCUGCUGUGGUCAGUGGGGUCACUCUCUUGUGCUCAAUACUUCUUAUUGUUGCUGCUUAUAAGAAAUUGGCCUUCCUAACUCUACCGUGGACGAUCGUGAACGGCAUUAUGACGGCAGCUUUCUUCCUCAUGUGCCUCACGGGGAUCAGUCUCAUCCUGCAGGACACCGGCGAAAUGCUGGAGGUGGAGAUCAUCUUCAUUGUGAUUCAUCUCACCAGAGCAUGUAUAUCAGUAUAUUGUAUAAUUGUGGUACACAGUCGACACAAGCAGAUCAUGUACGAUGAGGAUGAGCAGAGGUUCCAGCAGUCCGCGAAGAUGUACCAACCCAUCUGGAUGAGGGACCAGCCUAUAUAAUAACUUAAUGAUGAAAUAACUUAAGAUAUAAAAAACUAGGGAUGAAUGUAGUCAAUUUUAGUGUAGCUAUUUAAAAUGUAAAUUGAAAACAAACAUUACUUUAUUAACCGACUUCCUAAA